CUGCACCUCUGAAAAGACAUCAGUCUUUCAUGUGGGCAGAGCACAGCACAGCAGCUUUUCUGCCCUUGCUGUGCUCUUCUCCACCAUCUCUCAUCUCGCCCCGCACGAGCUGUUCCCAUGCGCGCAGGGGCUCUGGCACAGCCCGACCACAUCUUCCUUUGGUGUGGCAGGGUGUGACAGGCUUCUGCCUGCUGCUGCCCGUGCAUCACCCAUCUCGUGCAAAGAAAGACAUAGAACAAAAAGCAACGCUGGGGUUUUCUUCAAGCAGUUCUGUGUAAGAUACUUUCUGCAUAAGAGCAGUGGGGACUGCAAUCUGAAUGGGUUCUUCCUUCCCAGCUCUCCUCUAUGAAUGUGCUUGCGAAUGAUCAAUGCUGUAUGCCCUGUGGGAGCAAAGGAACAGUACAGCAGCAAGCUGGAGGAGGAAGGAAAUUCUGACUAAAGCUGAGAUGGAAACCCCCGUGCUCUUUGGUAUGUAGCGUGGCUUUACACAAGAACAGCAUGUCUGCAGCUGCUGUGACUGCAUAGGUGAACUCACGUGCACAAGAAUUCAGCUUGUACAUGGAGAGGGAGAAGCUGUAUGUAGGCUUACAGUGGUAUGAUUACAGCAACAGGCUGCGAACUGCACAGCGUAAGAGGGAGUUAAGUUUUAAAAUUAUGUUGCAUAGACACUUCACCAUUCCCCCAUUUUUCUUUGCUCAUUUGUAGGUUCUUAGGAGCACAGAUGUCUCUUACAUGUCUGGACAGUGCCUAGCCCAAUCCAGGUGCUCAAACCUGCAACACUCUGAUCUGACAAUGAAUGACUGGGCCCCCAUAGCGAAGGAGUAUGACCCCCUCAAAGCCGGCAGCAUCGAUGGCACAGAUGAGGAGCCCCACGACCGUGCCAUAUGGAGGGCUAUGUUGGCACGCUACGUACCCAACAAGGGAGUUACAGGAGAUCCUCACCUCACCCUUUUCGUAGCAAGGCUCAAUCUUCAGACAACAGAAGAAAAGUUAAAGGAGGUCUUUUCCCGGUAUGGAGACAUCAGAAAGAUUCGUCUGGUUCGAGAUCUGGUCACAGGAUUUUCCAAGGGUUAUGCAUUUAUUGAGUACAAAGAGGAGCGUGCUCUCUUGAAGGCCCACAGAGAUGCCAACAGACUGGUUAUUGAUCAACACGAGAUCUUUGUAGACUUUGAACUGGAAAGAACUCUCAAAGGAUGGAUUCCGCGGAGGCUUGGAGGUGGCUUUGGAGGCAAAAAGGAAUCUGGGCAGCUACGGUUUGGAGGGCGGGACAGACCUUUCCGAAAGCCCAUCAAUUUGCCAAACAUGAAAAAUGAUUUCUAUGGAGAAGGAUCAGCAGAGAAAAGAAACUGGUCUCGUGAGGGAACAAGGGACUGGAGAACAAGGGACCGAGACCAUGAAAGGAGCAGAGACAAGCGAUGGCCAGAAAGGGAGCGGUCGUGGGCUUGGGGUGAAAACGAGAAAGAGAGGGACUCCAAAGAGGAGAGGAGCAGAGGGAGGGAGAGGAAGGACAGAGACAGGAAGGACAGGGAUAGAGACCGGAGCAGGGACAGAGAUACCAAGAAACCAAGAGAUGAUGAUAAGCAUCGAUAGGUGACAGUGCCUUGGGGUAUGGUGUCUGUUCUUAUAUCCACAGCAUUUGAAUUGCAGGUGUUGCCUUCAGUUUGGGGCUGUGAGCAGUGUUCCCAAAUGAGCUGUGGCGUUACUGUCUUGUGCUUGUGACCCUUGCCUGCUAGAAGCUCUGUAGUUUGGUUGCUGAUGCAGUUAAGAGAUGUAUGGAAUUGUUCUUCAGAGAAAAUAAACUUUUGUAUUAA